AAACUGAACGCUUUUAUUUUGAAGGCAGCACAAGCAUUUUUCCGGUAGCAUAUUUUAUCUUGGUAUUGACGAGAUGAGGAGCAUUUUGUGUUCACUUCAGGGACAUCACUAGACACAGAACAACACUCGGUCGGACGAGUAAAGGGAAAUAUAAAAACAAUCUCUUUGUUAUCUUCUCGAACCACAGAGCUGCCAGCAGGCUCAUGGAGAGCGGAGUCCUGCCUGUCUGCACCACUGGCAAAACAAUCGGAUGCCUUUCACUACUGCAGCUCCAUUAGAUGCUUCCCAUUCAGGAUUCAUUGGUUGACCAAUGGCUCCCAAACAUGCGCUUUUCUCCAGCAUCGGCAGCAUUGGCCCUGGGAAUGAAGGAUUUAAUAUAAAAAAAGAAGCCUGCGCUUCCUCUCCGACGGCAUGGAUCAUUUAUCCCGGGAUGGUGGCCUCAUGUUCUCCCAGGAACGUGAAGAGGACGGUGGCGCUGGAAUGGAUGCUGUUCCGGCGGUGUCUGACCAUCAGCGCUCUGCUCCUGAUGAUGAUGAUGCAGGGCUCCUCGGCGGCUGAAGCUGAAGGUGGUCACCAUGGCUCGAUGAAACAUUCUAACCUCUCCGCCAGCAUGGGGAACAGAGCAAGACCGAGGGAUAAAGACAAAGAAGUGAUGAAUGUGACUGAUGAUCCUGGAGCUUUACCCGCUUUGCCUGCGGGUCAAAUGCUUGCUGAGGACAAAACAAUGGUUAUUACUGAAACAGAAGCAAGAGUGCAGGAUGAGGCAGGUGGGAAAAGCUCUGCAAUGGAGACUGGUGUCUUGGCUGAAGACACGGCUAAAAAGAGACUUAGGGAAAAGGAGGGGGGUGACCAGGCUGCCUGGUUUGGGCAGCAGAGUCUGCAGACACACAGAGAAAGUCAAAGAGAGCAGGUAGCUUUCUCAUCAGUCCCCACCAUACAGCCUGAGACAGAGGUGCUCCAGAAACCAGAAUUAGGAAUACCUUUAGGACUGCUGUCUAAAGCUGCUUGGAGAAAAGGCUCCUCUUCAUCAUCCAAGACCUCCACCUCCUCUACAACCAAAGUUUCCUAUUUGCCUUCCUCCUCCUCCUCUCCAUCCACUCUAACCAGUUACAGAGAAAGUCAAACAGCAACUCCAAUCAAUGUCUCUCUGGUUUUUGCCAACAGCAACUCCUCGACCAGCAACAUCAGCACUAGUUUUGAUGAGUCAGUUAGUAGCCUGCCAGCAUGGGAUCUCCCCACUGUUCCAGAAUCGCUACUGUCCACUGUGGGUGACCACGAUGUAACACUUCCUGCCAAUGUCACCAGUCCCUUUUCCACCCACAAAUGGAACACCACUGUGCCCACUCGCACCAGAAACAGCUCACGGCUCACGACCACAUCGACCGCGACCAUAAACACAUCGCUUUCACCCAGUACCACCUCAACUUUACGGUCAUCCAUCAUGGUAAAAGCAAAACCUACAACAGGAUCUACCACAGUUUCAAGCCAGAACACUGUGUCCAAUGAUAGUCUUCUGCUGAGAAUGGUAACCACAAUGACACCCUCAAAGACCACUCAUACUGUGACCACCACUGAUAAGAUAAUGCGGGCAGUGACCACUGGGAGCACUGUUACAGUACCACCAAAUACCACUGCUGCUACAAACAUGCCGCAAACAACAAGCCUCGAACAUAGCACAGAAGCCACAACACUGCCUACAACUACUACAACUACAACUGCUACAACAACCACCACUACUACUGUACCCCCAACCACCACCACAGCUCCAACAACCACUACUACAACUACUCCACCCACAACUACGACAACUGCCACCACCACUACUACUACCACAACAACAACAACAACAACAACAACAAAAGAACCUGCCACCACUGAGGUCAUCCUGAUCCAAACAAUACCUCCUCCAACCACCACUAUAGAACCUCCAAUCAGUACCAGCACAGUGGAAAGUCCUCUCCCAUGCAACAUGACCAAGAAAUACUGGGUCAAAACAGUUCUGUCAAUUGAGCUGCGAGGGAACCGUCUAGACCUUAUCCUGAAACAGAACCUCUCUAAAGGGCUGAGCCAUGCCAUACAGAGGGCUCUGAACGACUCCACUGCCUAUGCACAGGUGGAGCAUGAUGACUGCAGUCCCCACAAUGUGACUUUGGGUUACUAUGUGACCAGUGGUAAAACUGUCUAUAUUUCCUCCUUUGUGGUUGAGGCACUGAAUGUUUACGGUUUUGACAAGCUGCUAUCGGACAUCAGGCAGCACACCCCAUUGGUAAAGGCAGUUCUGGUUCCUGUGGCAACAUGGGUGCCAUCUCCAAGCAUUCACCUGCAGCUGAAAACAGUGCUGAGGUUCGUCGGACCAACAGAUAACAUCUUCUCCUGCAGUUUCGUUGAAAUCUUGGAGCAGAGACUAGAAAACGCCUUUGAAGAGGCUCAAGACAAAGUGCUGGAGACCUACAACAGGCUCACUGUAGAGAUCCAGAAUGUGUUACAAGAACCAGGCUCUCCUUCAGUCUCUGUGCUUUAUCUGGUUAAGAACCAAGAUAUCAUUCUUAAUGGGACGAUUUCCAGCGGCCUCCUAAACCAACUUUCUGCAGAGCUGGUGGGAUACUUCCUGUUCUACCCUCCCCUGAUCAUAGCUGAACCACUUGAAUACCAUCAACUUAACACAUCGAUGGCUACCAAGAACUAUUGGGUAAAAACAGUUAUCCAGGAUGUAGACAGCUCCUCGUUAGAGGUCAACUAUCAGAGUUUUGCCAGCCUGAUGGAGCAGCGGCUGGCUGAGCUCUUCCUGGUGGCUGGCAGGCAAGGCUCUCAGACGGCACGAUCUCGGCGAGCCACUACAGUAGGGGGUUACACCGUACAGAUGGUGAGCAUGCGUAGAAUGCCCGGUCCCAAGAACCCAGCUGAGAUGACAUACUAUGUCCAGCUACACGGAGUACCAGUGACUGGAUCCACUGCUGCCAAGACCCUGAGCAGUCUCGACUCCCAGACCAUGGCUCUGACGCUGGGAUACUUUGUACAAGUGCAGGCUGAACCUGUGGUAAAGAUUCCCCCAGGCAACCUGUGGAUCAUGGCUGUUCUGACACCCCUCUUCUUAUUGCUGGUGGUGAUCGGCAUGGUGGCCUUCAUUUUAUGCAAGAGAAACAGGGUGAUCUUCAAAACAGGCGCUUUCAGGACCUUCAAAACUCGCUCCAAGACCUCAUAUCGAAGGGAGGGCAGUUACCACCACCAGCCGGUCCAGGGCUUUGACUACGCCAAGAAGCACAUGUGUCGAACAGGUGAUGAUACCAUCUCUGUUACCAAGGACACUCUGGUGCUCGGGCUGCCGGUACGAGAUGCUGCACUCUCAUUAUCUUUGGAUAAGAAGGUCCACCAGGAUGGGACCGCCAGCAAAAGGCCUCCAUCUGCUGACAUACAAAAAGGAGGACGGUUGCCAAGUGACGAGGAUGGUUCAGUGUCGAGCAAGGGCUCUGGGAAGCUGAACACCAGUAAGAACUCCUCAGCCCGAAGACCAGCAAACAGCAGCAGCAAGAAUGGCAAGGAGGAGCUGCACAAGAGGAGCACAAACGAUCCGUAUGAGGAUCAUUCAGGCUCUCUGCGUCUCAUCACAAUUAAACCCAUGACAGCUCAGCCAACCUACUCUUACCCCUCUGCAUCCCACAGCCAAGACUCUGUUGUCCUCAAUGGAGAGACAAACCAUGGGGGAUUGAAGCAAAAAUCAGACAUCGAAAACUACAGGAACAAACUUCGUCAGAAAGCUCGAAGGAAGGGGUACGGGGAGUUCUCCUUAUCUGAGAGCGGCAGCCAUGGCUACAACCACCGUGACCCCAGGCAGAGUCGACUUGAUAAUGGUGUCAAGGAGCCAAUGACGGCAGAAGAAAAGAGGGCCUCCUUCGCAGGAUGUCACAAGAGAUACUCCCAACAACGAGAUCCCGCCUAUUGGAGCAGGCAGUCUCUAAGCAGCCCAAGCCCAGUUGAGACGGAGAUGGACCUGCUUGUGCUGAGAGAAAGAUCGAGGAGGGGCAUCCGUAACAAUGGCUACGAUGGUGAACCUGAGCACUUUGAGGAGACCAAUGUGGACCGUCUGAUCAGCUCUCUGGGUUACGGAGGUGGAUCUACUGGCACUGGGACAGGGAGCUUGGGGGUGAAAGCUCACCGUGGCUCUGACUCCUCCACACUCAGCUCCCAGCCAUCCAUUGAUGAAGUCCGCACACAAAUGCAUAUGUUGCUAGGCAACACCUUCAGCCUGGCACCUCAGGACCAUAACCCCCCUUCUCCUCAUACCAACCAUCACCAUCACCACCACCAUGCCCACAGAGCCUACAAUCCUUCCCACACAAGCCACUACAGUGAUGGGGUGACCAGCGCCCCAGGGACAAUGAACCAUCCCUGUGGAGGAAGAACAAGAAGCACAGGUUACGAGGAUAUGCACCAGUGUAGCCUACCCAAACCUGGUUUCCGUUUCACACAACUUCCUGAUAUGGGCAUAGGGUCUCCGCCACCACUGAUCCCCUCAAGACCAGGACCACCAGCCGGGACCUCACUAAGACGUUCCACCCCUGAUGUCAGUCUCAAACCUCGAGUGUCUGAGGCCUCAGACCUGCAGGCCCAGCAGCUCAGUGUUGCCCCGUUUCUGCCACUGUCUCGGACCCCAUUCCCAGCUGUCACUGUGGACCAGUCCAUCACCAACUACUCAGGAAACCCAAUAACAGCAGUCUACGCUAUAUCAGCCAAUCGCUCUGGUUACUCGGACUACUUUGUCAUGUCACCACCAUCCUCAUACCGUAGCCCAUCCUGGAUGUCCUACCCACCUGAACAGGAAGACCUGCCGCGGCAGUGGAGCGACACACCAAACUCACGUCAUCUUGAAACCAUCUGUUGAAGUUGUCUGCCUGACUGAGAGGAAACAGCCAAUAUCUCGGUGUCUCUUUUGAUGAGAAGAGGACCUCUCCUCACCAAAGUUCUCUGGAACUUACCCUUCCUUAACUUUAGCCAGGCCUUUCCUAUUUAUUUCCUGCUUCCUCCCCAGCUCUGCCCUGACCUUUGCUUUUUCUCUCGCUGCCCACAUAAGUUGCAUCUUAAAACAAUUCCUCCUGUGCUCCUGUGCCCUAAAAGCCCCUUUACCUUCUUUAAUAUUUUUAACAGUGCAAAUGCUCAGCCAUAAAUCUCUGGAUAUCUGUAUUCUCUUUGCUCCUUGAGCACCUGGCCUCACUGCCCCUUACUGCCUCCCUGUCACCAUUUCCAUGUCGGCAGCCGCCACUUUACAGUAAGAGCCUCGUCACACUGCUGAACUGAACAGUGCUCAGCUGAGCUGCAUUAAUCUGGGUUGUGCCUCCCUCAGUAAUAACAGUGUGCAGUGUAGAUGAACAGGGGGAAUACAGCGCAGUAUACAGUACCAUGCAGAGGGGCAAGAUGGGCCUUUCAACCAGUUAUCAGCAAUUGUUGUACAGUAACAGCCAUCUGCACAGCACAUAAUGGCACACAGGGCUGUGUUAUCAGUACGGCAGUGCUCCAGCAAUGGCCAGUGUUCUACUCCUCUGAAAUGGACCGGACCAUCCUGGACUUCCCCUAAGGUCCACCAUAAAGCCAGGAAUGCUGGAAUGACUUAAAACUGUGCUUUUUGAUUAAUCCCAAUUCCUAUGUAAACCUUCUACAGCCAGUUAUUAUGUAUUUUAAACUUGACUAAGAAAAAAAGUAAAAAAGCAAAAAAAUGUAUUGAGCUUACUCAAUUUUUGUUUUUGGAUAUUUGUGUGAUUUUGUCCUUUACUUUUGUGCAUUAUAAAUGGUUUCUCGUAUAAAAAAAUUAUAUGUGAGUGUUUACCGUUCACUCACUGACUUCA